UUGGCGUUAACUUAUGAUUUAUUUUCUAAUUUAAACAUUUGUUUACGAUUUAACUGUUCCGAAUUCAAUACGUCCCCAGUUUGUACUUUAAUUGUAUUUUUAGUAUUAUUACUAUCUUUUUGAAUCUCCAUGUGUGUAUACGUGUGUACUUGUUUAUGAAUAAGAGGAUUGUUUUAUAAAUAUCAACUAUACAUAUAUAGAUAAAAGUCCUCGUGUGCAAUAUUGUAUAUCAGUUUGUUACAUAGGGCGUAGUUUUUUUUAUUUUUGAGCUUCUCAAUUGUAUUCCUCACCUUUGUUGAAGAUCAAAUGACAAAAAAGAUUUUGACAGGGGGGUUGAAUGGAUUAUAUAUGUGUUUCACUAUAUGUAAUGACCCUUAUUUUCUGCAUUACUUACCAAGUAAAUAUUCGGAGAAUGGGUGGGUAAUAUAUAUAUGACAUAUGCUUGGUUAUUUUUGAAACUCGAGAUUAGGUUCCAAUUAUUUCCUCAAAUUAACGACGUUUUGAUGCUACCUGCGGAAUAUCUUCAACUUAUUUUUGGAAGAAAAAAAUAGGAUACAGUUUUAUCAUAUAAGUCGGAUAAAAUUUGAAGUCUGCUCUUAAUAAUCAUCAUUAUCAGUUUAACAAAUGGUUAAUCGAUCAGAUUGGUUAUUUGUUGAUUCACCAUGGGAUUUACUUGAAGAUUGUGAAAAUUUCUACAGUGGUCAAUCCAAUGAUUAUGUCAUGUGCAUUACAUCAAGUAUAUUAGGAUUUCUAUCUGCAUAUAUAUUCCCAAUUUAUUCUACAUUUGGUAUUAUCAGUAAUAUAUUGAUAGCAGUAAUAUUUAUCUGUCUAAUUCCAAAUUCAUCAAGACAAAUGAUUUAUAUGGGUGCUUUAGCGAUAACCGAUGCACUGACACAAAUAUUAUUCGGUUGGUUAUGGGUAUUUCCAUCAAAAGGUUUACCAUAUGCUACAUUAGGAAAUGUAUAUCUUUUUACAUUUAAUAUUUCAGAAAAUCUAUGUCGUUUUCAUAGAUUUGCAUAUUCAUUCUCAUGUACACUUGGUGGUAAUUUAUUAUUGUUAAUGGCUAUAGAUCGUUGUUUAUGUGUUUAUAUGCCUGUGAAAUAUAGUAAAAUACCACAACGUUAUGCAUGGUAUUUAAUUGGUUUAGUUAUUAUUAUUAGUUGUUUAUUAAUGUUACCAUACGGUAUAGUAGUUGGUUGGCAUUUAUCAAAUAAUUUAUUAAUUUGUUGGUUAAAUUAUAAUGAUUUAUUCUUGAAUAUAUAUCAUGCUUUUGUAUCCGAUUCUUGUUUAAUCCAAUUUUUAUUUGUGAUCGGUCUUAAUAUUGCAUUUAUGAUCAAAUUACGUAAAUUAUUAAAUAAUCGACGUAAAUUUAUUAAUAAUUUAGAAGAGAGAAAAGAAUUAUCUGCAUCAAUUGUUUUAGUUAUAUUAUGUGUAACUACAUUAAUUGCAUCAUUACCACAAAGUAUUGCUUAUAUUAUUUCAUUUAUUUUACCAUCAAUAUUAACUGAUCCAAAUGAAUUACGUGGACCACUUCGACUUGUUUAUAAUAUUGCUGAUAUUUUUUGGCAUUUAAUAUUUAUUCAAACAUCAUGUAAUAUUUUUAUUUAUGCUGUACGUAUUAAAAAAUUUCGUCAUGUAUUAUUUCAUUUAUUAAAAUGUCAUUAUUUAAAACACGUUUCAGUGACGACAUAUUCUGUGGAAUGUUCUUCAAAAGUACCGGCAAAAAGUAAUGGAAAUUAAAUAAAAUUAUAUUCAAUGUUAAAUAAUUUUUUUUUUCAAAAAUGUUUCUAUAAUCUUUUUAUUGUUAUAACUAACAUAAAAAUGAUUAUGAUAGAUGUGAAAGUUUUUUAUUUUGUUUUUCUUCAUUCAUUCAUUCAUUCAUUUCAUUUGUAUCAAUUCUUUUCUAACUAAAAACGAACUAUUUAUGAUAAACAUAAUUUUGUUUCUAAGAAAAACAAAAAAUAGAACCAAACAAAAAUCAUUUUCAGCGUUGUAUUUCAAUAAAUUAAUUUUCUUUUUCUUUUGAAGUAGAUGUAAUUGAUGACAAUGAAAAAGUUUAUAUUCAUUUGAUUAUUGAUUUGCUUUAUUUUUUUUAGAGAUAAACAAUAUAGUUUAUGUUUAAUUGGUUGGUCACUUGGGGGUAUAUUUUCUAUUAAUUAUGUUUUUAAAUAAGGGGAGAUGUCAGGUAAUCUGUAUAAGAUUUAGUUUUGUUUAAUGUAAGCUCUUUUUUGGGUUUCAAAUACUACAUAAUAAACUUUCAACAGUAUGUACUUGUUCAGUAAUAAAAUACUAAGUAAAAUAGUUUU